UACUGUUCACAGCAGCUGGCUGUUCCCUUCGAAGGGGAGCUCGCAGCCAAGCUGAAAGGACCCCGACAUCUGGUCCCCUUCAACCGUCCGCAACUCAAGAUACGAUCUCCUGUCCUUUGUUCUUCUGAUACACUACAGUGCUGUUCAAGUUGCCCACGAUGGAAGGCACUAGCCGUCUUCCAUCUGCGUCUCCUCAGCUAGCGGCAUCUACUGCACCAUCCUCGGGCCCUUCAACAGGCCGCUCUCCUCCCUCUUCCUCGUCCCCACCCUCAUCCUCGACGCCCUACACCACAUCCAUGACGGCUCAUUUCAUGCCAUCGGCCGCUAGCGUAUCACACACAAGAGCUUAUCUAGAGGCACUCGUCGCCUCUACGCAGACUCGGCGGGCUGUUCCCGUCAGAUCAGUCUCCUCUCUCAAUGCCAGCUACAAGCCUCAGAAGCCCAGCUCCCUUGCAAGUAGUGCCUCUGCGACUGGAUCCUCGGAGGGCAAUGGCAAUACUCCUCCCACUGAUUCUUCUUCAGACGAGGAGACAAUGGAUGUCGCAAGCUUUACAGAGGUCAACAACAUGACGGCUCCUUCCUCUCGGAAGAGUAGUGUGGGUAAUCUGUCCUCCCCUUUGUUCACUUCGACUCCGCUCUCGCCUGGACCCGAUCAGCAAUCAGCUCAACAGCAGCAAGCAGGCGCCGACGCAGUCGCAAAUGUCAUGGCCGUAUUGGAAGAAGAGGAGCUUGCUGAAGAGGAGAAGAUCGAUCAGGUUCGCAACAGGCUGGGUGAUUGGCUGGAGGAAGCUGAGGGAGUCAAGCCUUCACCAUUUCGUUUAGAUAGCAUAGUUCUAGAUGUUAUGCAUAGACAUAGGGAAGACUCGGAGCCUACUGGCGCCACGUUCCCCUCUUCGCCACUCCAUAGACCCGGCUCGACCCGCUCAUACUCUUCGCAAGGCGCAAAUCGACCCUGGACUCCUUCCAAGCUCCCUAUCACGCCUUCUCGUAGCUCUGGAGGCUUUGCCGAAGUCUUCGCCAAUACCCCUCAGACGUUGACUGCCCCCGGCAUGCCGCCGGGACUGGGUUCAAGUGCAUUCCUUGGAGGCGAACGAGUCAUCAAUCCGCCUUCGAGAGGGACUUCACCUGCUCCCGGGAAAGACCCUGGCAUUAUCGGUUCAGGUAGCCCUCGAGGAUCGCCCCGCCUUCGCAAUGCGCCCCUUACCCCACUCCGGACCUCCUCGACUAGGGAAAGCUUUGCUUCUGGUAGCAACCCCUGGGGCGGGCCGAGCGGACCUCCGACGCCAUCUGGCUUGUCAUCUGCCUUUCCGGUAACGAUGCCUACCUCUCCCUUCUCGUCGGUGCCUCCUGGUCUCUCUGCGUCCCUCACAGUCGAAGCCAGCAGUAGUAGCAGUCGACCAACGUCUCCCUCACCGUUUGCUUCGCCUCGAAUGAACGUCACAGCGGCCGCCUUCAAGCCACGUACCACAUCUUCCUCAAGCACUCAGGCAUCUGCCCUGACUGCUGUACGUCCAUCACUGCUUGAUUCAGGAAGACGGACAUCCUCUUCCUCAGUCACGCAGGCCAUGCUCGCCAAGAACCAUCCCACUGGAGCAGAAGGCGAGGACGAAGACGAUGAGUUCUCCCCCUUUGGCGCAGCUUUGCAGCCAGAUGCCCAUGCCAGCGGCUCUGCAGGUAGCUAUUAUAGUAGUAGCGCUACCAGUAGCUCCGGAGACUUCGAUGGUAGAGCUGCUGCAUCAGGCGUAGGCAUGGGCGAGGAGGACGAAUGGGCAGCUGGAGGAGGCAUGACGCCCUUUGACGUCCUCUCAUCGGUCUUGUCCGGCAGCUUCGGUGGCUCCAGCACGAAAUGGUCGCCAGAGCAGAUCGAAGAAGCGCUGGCCAGUCAUAAUUGGGACGUCGACGCAACCUUGGCAAGCAUCUUUGAGUCGGGUGGACAGCCUUCUUCGUCGACAUCGAGAACGCUGGGUGUUCCUGGCACUCCGCCCUUUGGACGAUCACCUCUUCUGAGUCAUCAGCAAGUGCCCACCGGCCCACGUACCUCCAGCGGCGUAUCUGUCAUGCCACGUGAUGCUUUUUCGUCCCAUCGAGGAGGAAGGACGGCAUCGUACACAGGCAUCAGCCGCGUUGCGACCCCGCCAGUCGGCAGAGGUACUGGAUCUAUGUCACCUUCUUUGUCCAGUAGUGGUGGCGGUGGAGGAGGAGUCGGACCCGGACGGGUUUGUCGGUACUUCCUAUCCGGAGACUGUCGCAGAGCAGACUGUCGUUUCAGCCACGACCUUAGCAAAGCCCUCUGCAAAUUCUGGCUGAGAGGACACUGCCUCAAUGACCCGUGCCCCUUUCUGCACGAUUCGGACGUACUGCAAGCCUUGGCUGGGGGUAUGUCCGCCAGCUCGUUGUAUGGUGGAGAGACUGGAGCGGAGUCGCCACUUCUAGGAGAUGACGAAUCGGGCUUGGCCACCCCUCCCCUUGCUUCUGCCGCUGCCCCUUCAGGCCCUAGUGACGACUUUCCUGAAUUGGUCCCCUCUGGACCGAAAGCACAGAGGGUGCGGCAACAGCAGCAAAUGGGCAGUGGCUCCUCUACACUGGCGAACAAUCUUGCAGCCAGUGGUCCACCGCCUGGCGCACCUACUGGCCCAGCAGCUUCAGAUCCGAGCCGAACAAGGUGGGCGACGGCUCUGCAGAGGUCUAAAGCUCCUACUCCACUUGCGUUGAUUCAGCAACAAGCCGUGGCAAGUGGUAACGGGCUCUCGUCAGGCGAAGCAGUCAAGCUCAUACAUGUCGCUGGGGCAAGGGGCGCGCCCAAUCGUCCAGCCAUGGGCCUACGUUCCCUCUCCUCUACCUCUCUCCACUCCCAGAGCGGUGUUGGCCACAAGGCCAAUGCGGCUCGCCUGGUAUUACGAGCACCGACUCUGCUGCCUACCCUGGUCGUUGGAAAGGGCGCAGCCAGUAGCUAUGCUGCCCAUCGCUCCAUUCUCACUCCGUUGAUCGAGCAGCGCAAUCGCUGUCUGGCUCGAGCAUCAGAGGCGUUCAGAGCAGGCGAUGGAGCCUCGGCUCGCAAGUACUCUGCGGAAGGUCAGAGCCUCAAUGUCAAGAUCAAAGAGGCCAACCACUCCGCUGCACGAGACAUGCUCAAAGAGCGCCAUCUAGAGCUCUCUGAACGUCUCCGCACUGGUUCAGAUGGAGGCGGAUGGGGCUCUAACGGCAAUGCUAGCGUGGACGAAGCUGGUGCUAGAGGUCUGAGAGGCAAGGUUGUCGGUGCGGGCAUGGGCGUGUGUCUAGGUGUUGCGAGAAAGGACGCUCUGGGCGCCAUCAACGGCGCAAGGGAGCUGAGCGUCGAGGAGCGGACAGAGUGCCUGCUAGACUGCCAUGGUCUGCAUGCUUCAGAGGCGGUCGAGGUCGUCGAGGAAUUCCUACGUAAGUAUCCUUCCAGAAGCAGCCACUAUGCGCUUCUCGAUAUCCCUCCUGACUCCCUUCUCUCUUUCCUCAUUUACCCACUUGCCACAGUUGCACUAGAGCGAGAGUCUCACCAAGGCCUGACCUACCUAGCCGUCGGAGCCGCCAAGCACACUGCCACUGCCACGGACCGUCGUCGCGUGGGGCUCGCUGCGCCCGUUAAGAGCUUCCUGGCUGGAUGGGGGUAUCCAUACGCUGAGAUUGACGGGGUGCUCGUGGUGGAUCAUUUGACGCAUUGGAGCUAGGAGAAGGGGACAUUGAUUGGAGGGGGAGAAGGUGAAGAUAACAGGGCGAAGGAGGGGAGAAGAAUAAAGAUGGAUAUUGGGAAGUCUAUGGCGCUCACUGAAGGGCGAAGGGAGGAAUGAAGGAAACCAGGGUAGGGAGCAAGAAG